AUGUUUGCGGCUAUUAGGGAUGCUCGAGAUUGCUUAGCGCUCCAGAGUGAUCUCGACAGACUGAAGAUCAAGACGCGAAAACUGUUGGCACCGGACGAAUUAGAGGCUCUCAAGGCCGCGGCAAUUAGCCGAUCACCAGCGGCAAAUAUCCGUAAUAUCAGGAGAAGCUUGCAAAGAAGAAGUUCCAUAAGAGCACCACAACUCAGACCCGAAGAAAGCGAUGAGACAGAUCAAAUGGAGGAUUUGAACAUACGGGAUGAAGUUACCGAUGAUACAUUCCAUCUGUUCCAAGAAAUCAGGCUCAAAUGGGAGGGCACAGCCUUUGAAAUUAUACCAAAAAUCUCUAGACUGAAAAAUAACCCAGAAUCAAGGAACUUGAUACAGCUUCUCGAUGCUGCCUUGAAAGACACGAUCCAGGCAUCCGCGAAUCUAGAAGAACUAAGCCAUAUUGUCUACAGUGCGGCUAUCACAGCCAACACCAUCCAACAAACAACAUCGAAAAUACGACAACGGGGACAUGGCCAACAAGGGAAACCUCCUUGGGAGAGCAGACUGGAGGAGAAUAUCAAGAGAUUAAGGAAGGAAAUAGGAUGUUUGCAAGCAGUUCUGAACUCCCAGAGACCAAGCAGAAAAUUAGAAAAGAAAAUGCUGAAACAAAAGAAAGCUGCACUGGGCAACAGAAUAAGGAGGUACCACAAGAGAACCCUGAGAUACCGGCAGAACAACCUCUUCUCCAACAACCAGAGGGAAUUCUACAGAGGACUCGUAAAGGAAAAGGCAGAAAAAACAGAUUUACCAACACCUGAAGAGAUGGCAGAGUACUGGUCCAAAGUGUGGUCUCAGAGCACCAGUCACAACGAAAAUGCCGUCUGGAUCAAGACCGAGGAGGAAGAACAACGAGAUCUUCGGGAAAUGGAUGCAGUGAACAUCACAGAAGAGCACAUACGGAUCACAGUCAAGAGGAUGAAAAACUGGACUGCCCCGGGAGUCGAUGGCAUCCACACAUCAUUCCUACAUACCUCACACAAGGCAUCACCUACAUGA